AAAAUUCUAUAAAUAGGGUACACAACAAUUCAAUAAUACUUCGUAUAUAUCAUACUAAAAGAUUACUACUAGUAGUGAUUUGCAGAUAGAUAUGGAAUCUUACAUCAGAAUCCUCUACAUUGCUCUUCUCUCGCUUAUCUUGCUCACGAGCUCGAGUGAAGGGAGAAAAGACCCGCAAACAUAUUGGGGAGACAUGAUGAAGGGGCAGCCGAUGCCUGAAGCUCUCAAGGACUUUAUAAAUCAGAAGUCUUACGAAGGUCAUGAAAAGAAAGACACGAUAAUUACAGGUUUUAUCAAAGACUUCGAUCCAAUUCCUAAUAUCUCAGCUUACCAUGAUGAUAAUGCGAUGAAGUCAAAGGAAAUGAAAUCACAAAAGGCAGAUUGCAACGACUUAGUGCACCAUGAUAAACUAGCGUCCAAGAAGUUAUUCGAUGAUGAAUUUGAACCAAUCCCAAAUGUUUCUGCUUACAAUGAAUAAUUAGAAUAAUAUAUUUAAUGCAUUGUUAUGCAUUGAUGAUGGAUUAAUUAUAUGUCAUGUAUUUCAGGUUUGUAACACUUGCUUAUUAUGUAUUUUUCUAUAUGUUUGUACUGUUUCCCAUCCUAAAAGAGAUCUCGAUCUCUUACCUAAUUAAAGUUUUAUUUGAUAAUGCGCGUAA